GGCGGGAGCUCGGGGGUAAACAAAGCGGUGUCGCCUUUUCUCCGCAGCCAUUGCGGAAGGCCUUUUCUGUGGCUCUCGGAAAUCCACUGCUAGUGCUUGAACGAAGACGCGGCAUACGGAAAAAAGAGACCGGAAAUACCUCGAAAUGUACGUUACUUCGUUUGACGCGAAAGAAUUUACCCUGGGAGCAUACGAAGCACCAAUAUGCGUCCCGGUCUUCGGCGGUGAGAUGUUGAUGUGAGCCCCCCCAACGUCAGCACGGUGAUGUGCGACGCGAGUGAGCCUUUCUACUUUUUGGCGGAGACCCCUUUUCGCCAGCAAGUGUCUCUGUGUCUCCGUGAAGCACCCAAGUGUAGCUACAGCCCUCUUCGGCGAGCUGAACGGGCUGCCGAGCUUUCGAAGGCCGAUCUCCCGCAGCGCUGGAACCCGGAGAACCGCGCCAUGGCGCUCGCUGAGAAUCCACCGGCUGCCGGGUUACUGAAAGGGCCCUCUGCUCGGAGGACAUGUUGCGGGCCCUGUGUAAUGCCCUCGGCGCCUGUGCAACUUCCGGGGGUCUGCGUUUCACGGCCCCGUUACCAGCUGGGAAGUUCUCCAUGGAGGGGACGACAUCCUGUCCAUCACCAGCUUCACCAUCUGGGACCAAGUGCACGAGGGGUCGCACUGCAAGCAGAUGAAAGGAGGGCACUGCGACCUUGAGGUCAAGCUUGUACAUCUACCAUUACAGUCCUGAAUGGAUGCCAAUUGGUACUGAUGACCUUAUGAAGGUGAAACGUCCCUGGAUCUAAAGGGAAAAUUUGAUUGAAGGCGAGCUGAAGUUGUUUCUGACUUUAUCCUCUUAUGACUUGAAAGUAAUCUGCCUACUUCAUGAAUAUUGAAGAUGCAGAAUUUGUUUCCGUAACUGUCCCACUUUAACGUAAUGUGCACAUUGAAACCUGUUCCUUUUCUGCUUUCCGGCGAGAAAAAAAAGCCAACGAAUCUCCCUUUUCCUUUUCGCAAUGGGGAGGUGUGCAAGACUGAUUACAUAUUUUAUAUAAGCAAUCAGUUUCAUAAGUGAAUGAAGAUAAAAGCAGAAUACAUGUUCACAGAUUAUUUGUGAAUCCUUAGACUUGCUGAAGUGAGUAGUUUAUGUUCGAGUCAUGUAAUUAUGAAGUCAAAACCAGAUUAAGUGCAUUUUUAAGAAGCCUUUUAGACCUGAGAGUUCUGUUUUGACUCAGCAAUACACAACUCACCUUUGUUAUUCCUAUAGCACAGCCGAAACUAUAAACAUGAGCAUGUUGCCUGACCAAUGCUUGAACUGCCGUGAAAUCGACGAAGUCCCUAUCCUUCGAGAACAAGUGUCAACGGGGAAUAGUCGAAAGACCAGGGUCAAGUAUGCACACACAUACUUGAUUUCAAGCUUGCAGAUUGAAAUAAUUGUUUAUUGAAUCAUAUCCAUUCUUAAACUGUUUGAGAAUGUAUUGGUUCAUAUUCACAGUAUAUUUAUUUUUCAUUUCAGCAAGGAAUAAUUUAGAGACAUGUUGGUGUUCAGGCGUGAUGCUUUUAUUUUCGUAACAUGCAAGAGGGCAAAAAAUUGGAUUCGGCUUUGUAAACUGAUUUUUUUAUGUAUUCUUCCAAACAGCAUAGCAAAGAAUAAUAUAAAGGCUACAGCUGCGAGAGUUGCUACACCUGGCAUCUCAUUUGUUUUAUAGCGUGUACAGGUGACACACUAUACUCCGUUUCUCGGUAACUUGGCAAACAUUGCGACCCAAUAAGAGCAUCGGAGCCAGGCACAUGACAACACUCCACGGUCGAGUCCUCGUUAUUGCCACAGCAAGAGCGCCAUCUGCGACAAAACAUA